AUGUCCUGCCAGCAGAGCCAGCAGCAGUGCCAGCCCCCUCCCAAGUGUUGUCCUCCCAAGUGCCCCCCUGUGUCUUCCUGCUGUAGCCUGGGCUCUGGGGGCUGCUGUGGCUCCAGCUCUGGGGGAGGCUGUGGCUCCAGUUCUGGGGGCUGCUGCAGCUCUGGGGGUGGUGGCUGCUGCCUGAGCCACCACAGGCCCCGCAGAUCUCUCCGUCGCCAUCGUCACAGUUCUGGAUGCUGCAGCAGUGGUGGCAGCAGUGGCUGCUGUGGCAGCAGUGGUGGCAGCAGUGGCUGCUGUAGCAGCAGUGGCUGCUGUGGCAGCAGUGGAGGCAGCAGCUGUGGCAGUAGCUGCUGUGGCUCCAGCUCUGGGGGAGGCUGUGGCUCCAGUUCUGGGGGCUGCUGCAGCUCUGGGGGUGGUGGUUGCUGCCUGAGCCACCACAGGCCCCGCAGAUCUCUCCGACACAGACAUCAGAGCUCUGGAUGCUGCAGCAGUGGUGGCAGCAGUGGCUGCUGUGGCAGCAGUGGAGGCAGC